GUCACCUUAUUUGGGAAUCAAAACAUUGCAUAGCCAUAAAAUACCACACAGUUAAUGAAAAUCUUGAUCGUUGCGUUAAUUUCACUGACAGAAGCAUUUCUACACCCAUACAGCAACGAGCUAAUCUUCAGAAGUGCGGAUCAAACUCACAUAAGCGAUCUCGAUCGUUCUGACGCAGGAUGCCGCGAUCACUGCGAGGUUGGAUGGACAUACCUCGACGAAACGGACGCCUGCUAUAAGAAUUUCUUCCAUGCUACCUUUCAAAGUGCCGAAAACCUGUGUAAAACUCUUGGAGGACAUUUGGCUUCGAUCCACAGUUAUAACGAGAACCUCUUCGUGGCUGAGCUUGCAAAAUCGGGUAGGCAAAUGACUGAUCCUGAUAUUUGGACGCAGGGGACUUGGAUUGGUCUGGAACGCUAUGAUCAUUUAAACUGGACCUGGACUGACGGCACAAACGUUGACUUUCUACUAUGGGCUCCGGGAGAACCAAAUAACUUUGAAGGAGUACAAAAAUGCGGGCAGCUGUGGCCAGACCCACAUGUAGACAGAUCCAUGGCCUUAACCUAUCAAAGAUGGGACGAUUUAGAUUGUCACAUUGAAAUCAGAUCGUUUGUGUGCAAGAAGAAGCCUUUGCACUAGUGGCGAAACAAAAACGCGUUUGAUUGCUGUGAAUGAAAUUUUGUACAACAAAUCUUACAAAUAGCAGUAAAUACUCAAUAAAUUUUU